AUGGCAAGUGGGCGCUCUCGCGGGCUCUUCGCCUAUGUGCUGGCGAUCGGGGCAUGCACCUUGCUUGCAUCGACGCUGAUGCAGAGCUUCGUCUCAUCACCAUCGACUUCAAGGAGAACCCAGGCAUUGAGGGCCUUGCCACAGCCCGGAACUGAAACUGAGGAGAAGACCGAGAAGGAAACCGAUUUCAAGAUGCCCAAGCCCGACAUGGGUCUCAUGAACCGUCAGGCCCGCGUCGGACAGUCUGUGGAUCAGGACAGACGUGGAAACAUGUGGUCUGUUGAGCCUCAGACCAGGAUCAGGACUGAUGAAGAAGGAGAACUGCUGCCAGCUGGAAUCUACUUUCCAGUAGUCAUUGCCCUUACCAUCGGCAGCAUCAUCUUCUUUGCACAGCUGACUGGCAACGACCCCCGCUUCGGCGGCAUGUUGGGUGACGAUGCUCGCGGCAUCAAUGAAAUGGCGAGUGGGCGCUCUCGCGGGCUCUUCGCCUAUGUGCUGGCGAUCGGGGCAUGCACCUUGCUUGCAUCGACGCUGAUGCAGAGCUUCGUCUCAUCACCAUCGACUUCAAGGAGAACCCAGGCAUUGAGGGCCUUGCCACAGCCCGGAACUGAAACUGAGGAGAAGACCGAGAAGGAAACCGAUUUCAAGAUGCCCAAGCCCGACAUGGGUCUCAUGAACCGUCAGGCCCGCGUUGGACAGUCUGUGGAUCAGGACAGACGUGGAAACAUGUGGUCUGUUGAGCCUCAGACCAGGAUCAGGACUGAUGAAGAAGGAGAACUGCUGCCAGCUGGAAUCUACUUUCCAGUAGUCAUUGCCCUCACCAUCGGCAGCAUCAUCUUCUUUGCGCAGCUGACUGGCAACGACCCCCGCUUCGGCGGCAUGUUGGGCGACGAUGCUCGCGGCAUCAAUGAGUGGGGCUAA